GAGGGCGAGAAAGAGAGAGAGAAGGGGGCGAAGGACGCGCGGCGGGGUCGCCUGGGGAGGCCGCCCGCCCGCCCGCCAUGUGAGGCUGUUUUCUCCGGGGGCAGCUCGCUGAUGAAAUGGAGCCGGGGGCGAGUUCUUUCCGCGUCGAAUUCCCCGACUUCUGCAGCACCGUCCUGCAGAAGCUCAACCAGCAGCGCCAGCAAGGCCAGCUGUGCGAUGUCUCCAUCGUGGUCCAGGGCCACCUCUUCCGAGCCCACAAGGCCGUCCUGGCCGCCAGCUCCCCUUACUUCUGCGACCAGGUGCUGCUGAAGAACAGCCGGCGGAUCGUCCUCCCUGACGUCAUGAACCCCAGAGUCUUUGAGAAUAUCCUCCUGUCGACCUACACGGGCCGGCUCGUCAUGCCCGCCCCGGAAAUUGUCAGCUACUUGACGGCGGCCAGUUUCCUCCAGAUGUGGCACGUGGUGGACAAAUGCACAGAGGUGUUGGAAGGAAACCCUUCGGUCCUCUGCCAAAAGCUCAACCGAGCCAGCGACCACCAGUCUCCGAGCAGUAGUAGCUACAACGGCCUGGCGGAAAGCUUUGAGCUGGGGGGAGCAGGCCAGGCGGAUUUCCACAAAGUGCAGGAACUGAGGGACGGGGAAAACGAAGAGGAGAGCUCCAAGGACGAGCUGCUCUCCCAACUGACCGAACACGAGUACCUCCCGAGCAAUUCUUCCACAGAACAUGACCGGCUGAGCACUGGGAUGGCCAGCCAGGACGGAGAAGAAGGCGUCAGCGACAGCACCGACUAUCCGUACGCCCGGCCUCUGUACAUCAAGCCCAGCAUCAUGUCUCACAAGCGAUGGAUCCACGUCAAGACGGAGAGGUUCGUCCAGGACUGCGAAGGGGUGGAAAUGCACGACGAGCACCAGGUCUCUGAGUCGGGGAACGUCAUUCAGCCGGACCGCUCAGUCCAGACCAGCCUUGGGGAAGGUCUCCGGGCCAACGAGAGGAAAGUGGGGGUGGAAUUUGGGGAGCCGGCCAGCGAGGGCAACUACGACGAGCAUGUCGACUUCUACGGCUCUUCCAUGGAAGAGUUCUCCGGGGAAAGGAACGAUGGGGCGGCUCUUGGCCUUCAUGGUCCGGAGGCUUCGGGUUACGGAGAAAACGUGGACCUUCCCUCGGGGAUCAAGGAGGAGAGCGCCCUCUCCGGCUUUUCGGCCACCGACAAACUUUACCCCUGCCAGUGUGGCAAGAGCUUCACCCACAAAAGCCAGAGGGACCGUCACAUGGGCAUGCACCUGGGACUCCGGCCAUACGGUUGCGGCGUGUGUGGUAAGAAGUUCAAGAUGAAACACCACCUGGUGGGACACAUGAAGAUCCACACGGGCAUCAAGCCAUACGAGUGCAACAUCUGUGGGAAAAGGUUCAUGUGGCGGGACAGUUUCCACCGGCACGUCACUUCCUGCACCAAAUCUUACCAGACUUGCAAAAUGGAGCAGAACGCUGCUAAAAUGAACUAGGGGGUGGGACCGGGGAGAGCGACGAACGGCUUAACCCGACGAGCGGCUGUGUCGGCACGGCCCUCGAUCGGACCGUGGCUUAUUUUGGGACGAGCGGAAUGGCCACCUGUCCCCACAGCCUCGUGCGGGAGGCCUUGCUGCUUUUGAGGGGGUAAACCCGGGGGGGGGGGCAGGACCCCCUUUUAAGGUGUCCGUGAGGAUCCCCGCCCCGAGACUGCAAACAGACCAACCAGUUGGCUUCAUGGUACUUGUUCCCUACUUAACAAUUCCUGCGGUUUAAUUUGUGCUUUGGGUUCUCUCCGAUAGGAAUGCCAAGGUCGCUUCUUGCUUGGAAUUCAUCUCAGUAGAAUUUGGAGCGAUUCUUUUCAGGUUCGGCGGGAAUGUAUAGGACGGGGUGGUGGUCUCCUUUGACGGCGCUCCCCAGUUAGGCGGUGUUUGAAUUGAAGCUAGUGAAGUGGAGGUGUGAGCGCUUGCUUGCUGAGAACCAAAGGGUGAGUGGGUGGGUUCAGUUUGCCUCCAAAAGCACGUGGCUGGGUAAUUUUCAAGGGCAAGACUUAUUAUUAUCACCAUCAAAUUGUUAAUUAUUCUUAUCAAAUUUAUUUGCCACCCGUCUCGCAGUCCAAGGCAAUUCUGAAGUUCUGUCCAACUUCUUUGAGUUCCAAGAUUCUGAGUUCCAUUGAGUGGCAGCCCUUCUUUGUCUUGGCAAGCAGCACCUGUUUGGGUUUUUUGUGUGAUAUAUGGCGAUGGACACUUUAAAACCUCACUUUCUUGUCCUUUCCCUUGUGCCUGAUGCAAUAGUCAAUCAAACCAGCCUCUUCUUUUGACUGAGCAUUUAUGUCAGUUCUCCAACAGGGGGGAGAAGUGCCCCUCCCUUAGCUCGGACAUCAUUUUUUGAGUCUACAUUUUAAAAAUCUGCUGCAAAACCAGAAAGCAGAUCACCUUUGGGCUUUGCAGUGUCUUUGUCAUAACCUCCGCAUUUUAAUUCCCAUCUUGGCUGGGGAAUGCUGGGAGUUGGAAGUCCACUCAUCUUAAAACUGCAGAAUAACAGAGUUAAAAACGUUCCAAGGUUCUGAAAUAACAACCUAGGUAGAUUCACGCACAAAAAAAGAAAGCAUUUUGUGUAGGUAGUUGUCUCUUUUCUUUGAUUGCUGAAAUUAUCUUUUCAGCUGAUGUCUAAAAUACAAGUGUCUGACUUGCUAUAAAGAUAGCACUGUAACCUUCUCUCUUAAUUAAAUAUGCCCCCCUCUCCCCGUGUUAAAUAAGUUAAAACCUAUCAAGUGUUGAGGUUCCCUUGUCUCUUCCUUCUCUCUCCCCAUGGAUAAUCUUUCAAUGUCUCCGAUGAGGCACUUCUUCAGCUGACCACAGGCAUCUACAAAUGGUCAACAUCAAGCGCGCACCAUGAAUUCCACCGUACCCGUCACCGACUUGAACCCUAGAAAACACGUCAGCAGGGAUCUCUUUGCCAACACUGUAAUUUGCUAAUGUACAGAAGCACUUUGUAUUUAAAGCAAAGCAAAACAAACAAACAAAUAUAUAUAUAUAUAAUAUUUUUAGAACAUGUAUACAUACACACACAUAUAUAUAUUCCCUCUGGUUUAAUUUCUAAUUCAAGUUGUUUGGUCUGUUUUUUCUUAUUUCUUGUUUGAAAUUUUUUAAGGAUGAGAAGUUUUGUGUUUACAUAAGGGUCGGUACUAGCUGGGUUUCGUUUUGUUUUGUUGAGGAAAAGUAAGAUCCUAAGGAUCUGGUUCUUUUUUGAGUUUUGUUUCCAAAAUCAAACAGAAGCAAAAAAAAAAAAAAA